AUGAAUGAUACGUUGCUGACUAAGAUUUGCAGUAUCUAUUGGCCGAUUACUUUUAUCAUUGGUAUUUCACUGAACACUGUUCUCUAUUGGCUAAUCUUCACGAAAACUACAAAAGUUUUCAAAUCGAUGAAAUAUUUCCUGGUCCCAUCAAACACUGCGCAAACUUUUAUCACCUUCAUCGGAUUCUUCUUCCAAGGCCGUCUGAUUUAUAACUCGCAAAGCUUGGCAACCCUCGGACAAGGCUGGUGUAGAUCCUUCGGGCCUGUGGCUUGUCUCUAUUCCUACAACUUGAUUUUGGUGGUGUUGAGUGUGGUGAUCAUGGUGAACUUGCAUACCUUGUAUUAUCGUAUGAUCUCGAUUUAUCACCAGGAUAAAUCGGCUGUUGCUAGGAGAAGUGGCGUGUUUGCCAUACAUUAUUUGUUUUCGAUAUGCUCUUUGGUUUGUUAUUUAGGCUGAACUUCAACAAGUAAAUAUUUUUGUAGAUUAUGAGUCAUAUAAGAUCUGGAGAUAUGAGCUCCGCUAGCAUGGCCUCGGUUUACAAUGAAACUAUCAAUGAACAUCCUGGCUAUGACUUUGAGGCUUUUGCGCCGUUUGGAGGAUAUCGAGAUGUUCACAGUGUUUGGAAUAAAAUAAUGACAUACUCCUAUGCAACAAUGGCAUUCUACGCGCCAAUUUUUGGAUUCUACUGUAGACAUCGCACGCUAAAAAUUCUUGAUCUACGCAUCAAUUCGCUUUCCGAAAAAACCAUAGCACAAUUCAAAUCUGUUGUGCAUGGCUUGACUUUGCAAGUGCUCCUUCCAUUGUUUAAUUAUGUGCCAGCGGCAGUUUUCAACACUUAUAAUCAGGGUCAUACAAAUGAUCCGUUUGUUUUUGCACAGUAUACGUUGACAAUCUUUUUCACGAUUCCUGCGAUUUUCGACCCGAUUUUGAAUAUUUAUUUCAUCAUUCCUUAUCGGAAUGCGAUUAAGAGAUUGGUGAAAUUCAAAAUUGUUAUACAAUCCACGUCAGCGCCGACCAGUGUUGCGAAACAGUCCUCGAUUAUCGUGACAAAGUCGACAAAAGUUGUUUGA